AUGGGCUGCUUCUCGUGCUUCGACUCCCCGGCAGAUGAGCAGCUCAACCCCAAAUUCGGUGGCGCCGGUGGGUACGGCGGCGCGUCCUCCGCCGCCGCGGCGUACGGCGCCGGCGCCGGCAUCGGCCGGCACGGGGACAGGGGGUACCCGGACCUCCAGCAGGCGCCCAUGGCGGCGCCGCGCGUCGAGCAGUUCUCCGCAGUGGCUGAGAAAGCAAGAGUUAAGAGCAAUGUGGUCACCAAACAGGCUUCGGUGCCAAAGGAUGCCAAUGGCAAUGUCAUCUCAGCUCAGACUUUCACCUUCCGUGAGCUCGCCACCGCCACCAGGAACUUCAGGCCCGAGUGCUUCCUGGGCGAGGGAGGUUUUGGACGUGUUUACAAGGGUCGCCUUGAGAGCACAGGCCAGGUUGUUGCUAUAAAGCAGCUUAACAGGGAUGGGCUUCAAGGAAACAGAGAAUUUCUUGUAGAAGUUCUCAUGCUCAGUUUACUACAUCAUCAAAACCUGGUUAAUUUGAUUGGUUAUUGUGCUGAUGGAGACCAGCGACUUCUUGUGUAUGAAUAUAUGCCCUCCGGAUCACUGGAAGAUCAUUUGCACGAUCUACCUCUUGAUAAGGAGGCCUUGGACUGGAACACCAGGAUGAAAAUUGCAGCAGGUGCUGCCAAAGGACUGGAGUACCUUCAUGACAAAGCUAAUCCGCCAGUUAUUUACAGGGAUUUCAAGUCAUCGAACAUUCUGUUGGAUGAAAGUUUCCACCCGAAGCUGUCUGACUUUGGACUUGCUAAGUUGGGUCCAGUUGGCGACAAAUCACAUGUCUCAACACGUGUAAUGGGUACAUAUGGUUAUUGUGCACCAGAAUAUGCUAUGACAGGGCAGCUGACAGUGAAGUCCGAUGUGUAUAGCUUUGGGGUUGUCUUGCUAGAGUUGAUUACUGGCCGUAGGGCUAUUGACAGCACCAGACCACAUGGCGAACAAAAUCUUGUCUCAUGGGCACGUCCUCUUUUUAAUGACAGAAGAAGGCUCCCUAAGAUGGCUGACCCGAGGCUGGAAGGGCGAUACCCCAUGCGUGGGCUUUACCAAGCCCUUGCGGUGGCUUCCAUGUGCAUUCAGUCAGAGGCUGCUUCACGCCCAUUGAUUGCAGAUGUCGUGACUGCUCUGUCCUACUUGGCAUCCCAGCCUUAUGAUCCCAACGCAGCUCUUGCUUCAAGGAAGCCAGGUGGCGAUCAGCGAAGCAGGCCUGGUGAGAACGGCAGGGCGGUUUCCAGGAACGACGAGACUGGAAGCUCCGGCCACAAGUCACCAGGCAAGGACCGGGAGGACUCACCUAGGGACCUCCCAGCGAUCCUGAACAAGGACCUUGAACGUGAGCGCAUGGUGGCGGAGGCGAAGAUGUGGGGCGACCGGGAGCGGAUGGUUGCCGAGGCGAAGAUGUGGGGCGACCGGGAGCGCAUGGUGGCCGAGGCUAAGAUGUGGGGCGAGAACUGGCGUGACAAGCGGCGUGCAGAGAAUGGGCAGGGGAGCCUGGACUAG